AUGUACAACCGUAUACCUACCCUCAGCUAAAGUUGGACAAGGAAGAAAAGCCAAUAAAAAGACAAUGGAGAAAAUAUGCAGAGUUUGCAUGGGAAAUUCUGGACCAUUCGCAAGCAUUUUGGAUGAGACACAAAAAUCGGAGUGCGCAGGAUACGUGGUUAGGCAAGGCGAUUCACUAACAGAAAAUAUAUGUUCGCCUUGCCUAGAGGCUACAGUGAAUGCAUUUAAUCUUAAGGAAACUUGUGAGCAGAGCCAUGAACGCAGUUUUCCAGUGGUGCAGGAGAAUAUAGAAGACUUUUCCGAUAGUCAGGAAGAUGAGGACUGGGAACCGUCAGAUAGUGAAAGUGACCAGAGUGAGAAACAUUUUCAAACCGAUCAAGAUGGUAGCGAUAACACUGAUAAAAGUGAUAACGCUGAUAGAAUUGAUAGCACUGAUAAUGCGAAUCAAAUUGAUAACACUGAUAAAAUUGAUAGACCACAUAAAUGUUCUCACUGCUCGAAGUCAUUUAAAGACGAAUCCUAUCUCAAAGUUCACAUGCGAACUCACACGGGCGAGCGACCGUAUAAGUGUUCCCAUUGCUCGAAGUCUUUCUCUCACUCCGGAACUCUUCGGCUUCACAUCCGUACGCACACGGGAGAACAACCCUACAAAUGCAUAUUCUGCUCAAAGAAAUUUCGACUAAAAUCCAAUCUUCAAACUCACACCCGUAUGCACACAGGGGAUCGACCCUUCAAAUGUUCCCACUGCUCGAAGUCUUUUGCACAAAAAUAUAAUCUUGAUAGACACACCCGUACACACACGGGUGAUCGACCCUUCAAAUGUUCCCAAUGCCCGAUGUCAUUUACACAAAAAUUCGAACUCAAGAUACACAUCCGUAGUCAUACGGGAGAACGACCUUAUAAGUGUUCCCACUGCCCUAAGUCCUUUGCCCGAUCCGAUUGCCUCCGAAUUCAUUUGCGCUUGCACAAGGAUAAACGAACCUACAAAUGUAGUUACUGCUCGGAGUCAUUUCAAGAAAAAUCCGACCUCCAAAGACACAGCCAUACUCACAGCUGGGAACGGCCGUAUAAAUGUUCUUCCUGCUCAAAAACUUUCGUACAUAAGUCUAAACUUGAUAGACACACCCUUACUCACACAGGUGAACGACCCUACCAAUGCACUCAGUGUUCGAAGUCAUUUCCAGAAAAAUCUAACCUAGAGAUACACAUCCGCACUCACACGGGCGAGCGACCGUACAAGUGUACCCACUGCUCCAAGUCUUUUCCUCACGCUGGAACUCUCCGCAAUCACAUCCGUACGCACACUGGGGAACGACCCUACAAAUGCCCUGAGUGCUCGAUGUCAUUCACACAGAAUUCCGAGCUUAAACAACACAGUCGCACUCACACGGGGGAGCGACCGUACGAGUGUUCUUACUGUCCGAUGUCGUUUAAACAACUCGCCCAUCUUCAAAUACACACCCACACCCACACAGGUGAGCGGCCCUUCAAAUGCUCUCGUUGCCCGAAGUCGUUUCCAGAAAAAUGCACUCUCAAUGUGCACAUCCGGACUCACACAGGGGAAAGACCGCACAAGUGUACCCGCUGCUCUAAUUCUUAUGCUCACGCCACUUCUCUUCGAGAUCAUAUACUUUGGCACACGGAUGAACGACCAUUCGAAUGCCCUGAAUGUCCAAUGGCUUUUAUACAAAAAUACAAACUUGAUAGACACAUCCUUACUCACACAGGAGAACGACCCUUCCAGUGCUCUCACUGUUUGAAGUCAUUUAAUCAAAAUUCCCAUCUCAAAAUACACUUCCGAACUCAUAGAGAAUAUUCACCCUAAGUCUACUUUAAAUAACUAAUUUAAAUACAAAACCCAAACCUACCAAAGACAUAUACUAACUCUCACAACCAAUGACUUGUGUCCCAUUCCGGUACUAUCUGGUAUCUCACAAUCUCGUAAGCACCCUGAGGAUUGCAUGCAUGCGAAGCUAGGAAAAACAGAUAAGGUCUGAUUGCUCCAGACAAAGGACACCUUUCGGCCCACUAAUUCCGUCUGUGAAUGUGUCCUUUGCCUCAAGCAGGUAUUAUAGAUCUGUAUGCAAAUAAUUUCAUAUGUACUAUUAAUGAAAUCCUUUUUUUUAUCUUUGACAAAUCAAAAUUAAAAUGAAAUUUUAAAUUGUUCACCAACUUAAAAAGAAAAUAAUUAAUAAAU